UGGGUCACUGCUGGCCCCCAGAACUUCCACAUGCACAGGUGCAGACCCCCACCCCCCAAAAGAGGAAGCUUUGCAUAGACCAGUGAAAAUAAAUUCAGGAGUGAAACUCCAACUUCUAUGCCUAGAAAAUAGAAAAGAAUAUUGAUAAAACCGAGUUUGGGGAAAGGUGGGGGGAAAUUGUCUCUCAUACACCAUUGGCGUCAGUAUGAACUGGUAUAUCAUGUAAGUGAUUUAGUAAUUACAAAUAACUAACUAAAUCAACCAGCCGAUUAAGCACAUAGCCUAUGAUUCAGAAUUUUCAUUUGUGUGGUUGGAGCAGUUAGCACUCAGUGAAUGUUUUUUAUCAUAAAGGUGAUAAUCAUAGGGAGAGAUAAUUUUUAUGCAAUAAAUUCCUGCAGCCUAAUUCAGCUCCCACCUUUGCUUCUUUUUGGAAAAAAAAUAAGACAGUGUUUAGACCAUAUAAAUGAUAUGUUGGUCAAAUUUCUGCGCUUUUAAUCUUUACAGCCUACGUAAAGUAAAAAGCAAAUUUCUCCCCUAAAAUAGAAGGUCACUUCUAGAGAUACUGAGCAUAUACUAAAAGAAAAGAUAACAAGUCUCAUGCAGAGUUCCAGCCUCUUGAUAAAAGGGAUACAAUGGGAUGGGAGUGGGAAGGCUGGGGCCGUAGGAAACAGAGCUUGAGUCUCAGCCAAACCCCAUGAGGCUGCAAAAAAGGCCAAGAAAUAGUCAGAAUGAUUUAUGUCUGAAGCCUCAUUAAAUCAGCAGUGACUCUGCAGUAACUGACAAACUCAAUGGCUACUGAAACAAGUGCCUUAAAGAACCCAUGUCUUGUUUUUCUUUAAUUCUUUCUCCAAAUGGCGGUUCCCUUUAUAUAUGGCAUUAUUAUUGUUUGUAAGCACUGCAAUUCGUUCAUCAAAUAAAGAGUUCUAUCAAUGCAAAAAAAGUCCCAGGAAAGGAUUAUCAUGUCAGUCUACAUGUUGACCAUCCUGGGCCUUUCAGCCUAUGAAAACAUACCCUGAAGUCAUCUUGCCCUCGUUGUAGGGAAAGCACCAAGCAAAGAGAAAUAGCUUUUGAAAUCCACCCCAUAACCCAAAAGGUGACAAGCAACAGCUGAACCUUGACGAUGCUCUCUGCUUUGACACCGCCUCUGGAGCUGGUCCUAUGGAAGUAGGGAGUGUCCAUCAGCCCACCUGCCACUUCCCCAGAUGCCAAUCCCCACCCUAUAUAGUGAUAGUGGUGGGGACACAGGGAUUGUGACAUAAGCAAAUGGCCUCAGGCUGAUCUACAUAAAUACCAGCCCAUGAGCUUCCUAGCAGGGACACCGCCUGUGAAGGCCACAGACCAGCCAACCUCUUGCAACCUCCAAGCUGACAGGCCUCAUCAGGGGAGGAGGGACCCCCUCCACAGGAGAACUGAUAGCAGGCUUUUGGUGGGGGAGGCAUCAAGAACUCUGGAGGGCGGUUGCAAUCAUGUAAGCAGACAUGGAGACUGCCAUGUGUGUCUGCUCUCCAUGCUGUACAUGGCAGAGAUGUUGUCCCCGGCUAUGCUCGUGUCUGUGCUGCAAGUUCCUCUUCACCUCGGAGCGGAACUGCACCUGCUUUCCCUGCCCCUAAGACGAGCGGAACUGCCAGUGCUGCCACUGCACCUGUUCCGAGAACCCCAACUGCCACUGGUGCUGCUGCUCCUGGGCCAAUGACCCCAACUGUAAGUGCUGCUGCACAACCAGCGGCAACCUCCAGUGCCACUACUAUGAGAGCCGCUGCUGCCGCAAUGCCACCAUCACGUUCCACAAGGGCCGCCUCAGGAGCAUCCGUACCUCCUCCAAGACUGCCCUGCGCAUUGGCAGCAGCGACACGCAGGUGGAUGAGGUGAAGUCGAUGCCCCCGAACAGCAACCUGGUCAGCCACCUGUCGUGCCCCAUCUGCAACCGGCUGCGCCUGCACUCUUUCAUGCUGCCCUGCCACCACAGCCUAUGCGAGAAGUGCCUGCGGCACCUGCAGAAGCACGCCGAGGUCACCGAGAACUUCUUCAUCCUCAUCUGCCCCGUGUGCAACCGCUCUCACUGCAUGCCCUACAGCCAGAAGAUGCAGCUGCCCGAGAACUACCUGCGCGGCCGCCUCACCAAGCGCUACAUGCAGCAGCACGGCUACCUCAAGUGGCGCUUUGACCGCUCCAGUGGGCCCAUCGUCUGCCAGGUCUGCCGCAGCCAGCGCAUCGCCUACAAGCGCUGCAUCACCUGCCGCCUCAACCUGUGCAACGAAUGCCUCAAGACCUUCCACUCGGACGUGGCCAUGCAGGACCACGUGUUCGUAGACACCAGCACCGAAGACCAGGAUGAGAAGAUCUGCAUCCACCACCCAUCCAGCCGGAUCAUCGAGUAUUGCCGGACCGACAACGAGUUGCUCUGCACCUUCUGCAAGACCUCCUUCCACAAUGGCCACGACACUGUCAGCCUCAUCGAUGCCUGCUCAGAGAGGGCUGCUGCACUCUUCAGCGCCAUCGCCAAAUUCAAAGCAGUCCGAUAUGAGAUUGAUAAUGACCUCAUGGAAUUCAACAUUUUAAAAAACAGCUUUAAAGCCGACAAGGAGGUAAAGCGAAAGGAGAUCAGAACUGGAUUUCUCAAGCUACGCAGCAUUCUCCAGGAGAAAGAGAAAGCCAUCAUGGAGCAGAUAGAGAAUCUAGAAGUGGCCAGGCAGAAGGAGAUAGAAAAAUAUGUGUACGUCACCACCAUGAAAGUGAACGAAAUGGAUGGCCUGAUUGCCUACUCCAAGGAAGCGCUGAAGGAGACAGGGCAGGUGGCGUUCCUACAGUCGGCCAAAAUUCUGGUGGACCAGAUUGAGGACGGCAUCCAGAGCACCUUCAGGCCCGACCCACAACUUCGGCUACACUCUUUGACCUGCAUGUCCUUGGACUUUGCUGAGCUCUCCAGCGCCAUCCAUGAGCUCUUCCCCACAGGUCCCAAGAAGGUGUGCUCCUCAGGGGACUCCCUGCCGUCCCCCUAUCCCCUGCACUCAGAAAUGAUGAUUGCCAGGAAGGUCACUUUCAGCACCCACAGCUUCGGCAACCAGCAGAUAUACCAGCGAAGCUCCUCCUUGCUGUCCUUCAGUGGCCCCAGCUGUGAGAAGACCAAGGGGGGUCUGGAGGUCUAUGGACGAGCCCAGUCAGCCGCACCUGCCAAGCCCACAGACGGCCUCUACACAUACUGGAGUGCGGGAGUAGAAAACCAGCCUGUCCAGAACAGCAGCAGUUUCCACAACUGGUACUCAUUCAGUGAUGGCUCUGUGAAGACUCCAGGCCCCAUCAUUAUCUACCAGACUCUGGUAUAUCCGAGAGCUGCCAAGGUUUACUGGACAUGCCCAACAGAAGACGUGGAUUCUUUUGAGAUGGAAUUCUACGAACUUGUCAAUUCCCCUCCUAACAACGUGCGGACAGAGCUCUGUGGACAAAUUCGAGACAUAAUGCAGCAGAGCCUGGAGCUGCACAACUUGACCCCCAACACUGAGUAUCUGUUCAAAGUGAGAGCCAUCAACGAUAACGGUCCUGGGCAAUGGAGCGACAUCUGCAAGGUGGUAACACCAGAUGGGCGUGGAAAGAACCGAGCUAAGUGGGGCCUGCUGAAGAAUAUCCAGACCGCCCUCCAGAAACGCUUCUGAGUGCCCCCGCAGAGCAGGUAGCCACCUCAGAGACACACCACAAAAGAGACAUAUAUAGACACACACAUAUGUAUAUGUAUUUUUCUCACCAUGUUCUUCAGUGGGUUUGUAGACCAUGUUCCCCGGACCUCUGAGCCAUUUAAGCUGGAGUCUACUAAGAACCAAUAAAAGGAACUGCCUGAUGUCCUGGCUUGCUGUUUGCUCAUUAAAUUGAAGCAAAGAUAACAAUACAGUCAGCAGUUGCUCUGUUUCCAUGAGCUCAGGCCUAACGCUAGGCUCAGAAUUCUGUGAUGUUUUUUGUUUUAUAAAAAAGGGCACUCUCUUUGCAGUCAGACCCCCUGCCUGUGCAUUCUGACCCUGGUCUAACUAACCCCCCCACCUCACACCAACAUUUGGGCAAGUCACUGAUGGAUGCGAGCUCAUUCCCUCACCAGGCAGUCUAUUUUAAAGGCCAAUGUUAGAAUGUACUUCCUAAUUAUUGAGACUGAACUUACCUUCCCAUAACUUUAACCCUGCGGUCGGAGGUCUGUCUCAGAGCUAUAAAAAAUGAGAGGAGGAGGAGCAGUGGAAUACCUGGUGGAGGCCCCCUAUCCUUCUCUGAAGCAAGGCAGAAAAGAAUGUGGAGUCACGUGUCAGCUCCAGCCUUGCUGAACCCAGCCAGUCCAUUCAGACAGUAUGACAUGCGGAAGUUUCUUGUCUGACAAGGACCCAUCUGCCUGGAACAACCCUCUCCUGAACCCCACCCCAUUGCCGCCUGGAAAACACCAUCAGUCUUUCAAGAUUCAGCUCAAUCCCUUCUUCCAGGAAUCUUUUGCUGAUUCUCCAGAUGGGAAUGCUACCGCUUUCCUCCCCUGGGUUCUCACUAAACACAGAGCCUUCCUCCCCCACCCCAUCCCCGUAGAGACAUCCAUUCUGGCCCAUGAUGCUCAGGAGCUCUCACUGGUCCCCGGGCUUUAAGGCAGAGACAGGAUCUCAUUUAUUCUGUUCCAGUGGCUGGCUCCAUGAAGCUCACAUUGUACUUUAGUACCAGGGACAGAGGAACUAUUACGGGAAGGCAGGCACACAGAAUGACCCUCCCCUAAACGCCACCCCCCACCUGUCAACUGGCACAAUGAGAGGCUAUACACAGAAGUGGGAGUGGGCAGGGACAGGUGGUCAGUGGUCUCACCGUCUUCUAAAGCCAACUUUUUCUGAGUUGUCCCACUGACAGGUGUGGCCCAUCUAGCUUCACCCAUAGGACCACGGCUUUGCAGCCCUUUAUUUUGCCCAGAGGCUCAGCAUCAGAGCCAGAAAAGGCCCUUUCCCUGAGAGAGGUCCCUAGCAACGAUCUAAUAAUAUGAGAUGAAGCCAAGCAGAUUCUUACCCCCCACCCCCAACAGAAUUACAAGAAGGACUACCCCAGGGAGCUUCAUUAUGAUCCUAUUAUUGUAAAUGAUGACUUGAAUCCACCAUCAGAUUUGGUGUUACCAUAUAAUCAUUUCUGUAAAAGGCUUCAGAAUCAUCAUUAGCAAGGGGAGCGAAUUAAAUGACAUGCCAGCAGGGAUUUUACUACUGAUAAACGAAAAUGAAAUUAAAUGAAAAAAAAAUUGAAUGAUACGAAUUUUGCAUUACAAUGAUCAUACCUCCUCACAGAGCCUAGAAGGAUGCCCAGAAUCAGAUGAGGCCCAACACCCUGAACUGGCCACUCUAGAGAACGUGUGAACUUGUACUCAGCGACCAAGACGGGGAUUCUCUGAGAGGCUCACUUAACCGGUAGCCGCGCUAUUCUUCAAACUGCAAGAUGGGAAUUCUUGAUGGCACGGAUACUCCUGCAUAUCCUUUGGUCCCUGAGGUUAUGAUUCACACGGGUCCUUCCUCCCAGGACCCUUCCUGAGGUGUGAAACAGGAGGCAAAGAUCUGGUUUAAAGCCAGCACUUUGCUAACUUUGCUGUGUGGCCUUGAGCAAGUCCCUCUCACUCUGGGUGUCAGCUUCUCUGUCUAUAAGAUGAUGUGGUUUGAUUAUAGCUGAUCUUUAUUUUACUUUUUGUCUUUUUGCCUUUUCUAGGGCCACUCCCGAGGCAUAUGGAGGUUCCCAGGGGUCUAAUCAGAGCUGU